AUGGCAGAGCAACCACCGUCGUCUUUCCAUCAUUUCGUGGGCCCUUCAUCCAGACCUCGAUCAUCGAACAAGAGACACACCUUCUCCGGAGCUCCGCAUCCGGCAUGCCACCGUCUCUUCCCGUGCCAGUACUGUCCCCGGAAGUUCUACACCUCUCAAGCUCUCGGCGGUCACCAAAACGCCCACAAACGCGAACGCGCCGCUGCUCGCCGUAACCUCGCCGUCGUCUCCCAAUCUCCGUCCAUCCUCGACGACUCGACACUGUUCCGUCCCUAUCCUUGCUUCUACCCAAACCCACCGCAGGGAUCCACGUCGGCAACCGGACCCUGGAUCGCACCGGAUCAACAGACGAUGAUGAUGGAUGGGUACGUCGACCCGUAUCCGUUUAUGUACCCGUUUGAAGCAUCCGGCAACGGAAACGGCGUCAUGAUGGAAGAAGACGAGCCUCUGGAUCUCUCUCUCCGUCUGUGA